AUGACAGGAAAAGCUUCUUCCUCCUAUUCCAGUUCACAUAGCCUUAGGGUUGAAAGUUUCAACAUCAAGCUACAACAACUCGUUAGUAGUAAAGAAAAACUUUGCAAGCCUAUUAGCUUAAAAGCAGCUGAUGAGAUUCUUCACAUUUGUGCCUUCUGGCGAAACGAAAUAAGAAGAAGAAAAGUUGCGACCCAUUUUACUGUCCAACCAUCAAAUCCUGAUGUGCAUAAAAUAACAAACACGAUGAAAGCAAUGACGACGACACUCGACGUUUGGAGAUUACCUCAAACCCUCAUUAAAUUGAGCUUGGGAUGGCUGAAUAAACUGAUCAAAUUAAAGCCAAUAUUUAUCAACAAAAAACAUUUUAAUGCUUCUCAUUUCAUUUUAUGA